AUGUCUUUUGCAAAGUUUUUCAAACAGCCGCCGAUGCAAACGUCGCUGGACAACAACGACAAUGAAGAAGACGCCCAGGAUAAAGACACGCCGCCGCUUCCGGACGCCUACGAUCCCAAACACUACGAAAAUUUGGCCAUUCCCGCUGAGCUGAAAACACUCCUCAAGCUCAUCAACAGUUACACGCCGCAAACGAUCGAACUCGAUAACAAGCUUCGACCAUUCAUCCCAGACCUCAUUCCGGCUGUCGGAGACAUUGACGCCUUCAUCAAGAUCCCCCCACCGGACAAAAACGAUGAUUUCCUAGGUCUCAAAGUUUUGGAUGAACCUUGUGCGAAACAGAGCGAUCCCACCGUUCUGAACAUGCAGCUGAGAGCGACGACGAAACAAUCUUCAGCAAAAACUGCCACAUUGUUGGUGAAGUGUCUUGAAGACGCCCAUGAGCACCCGAAACAAAUCGAAGAGUGGGUGACCUCGAUCGAAAAACUCCACCAAAGUCGACCGACUCCUACGGUUCAUUAUUCUCGUCCGAUGCCGGAUGUCGAAUCCCUGAUGCAAGAAUGGCCGCCCGAGGUCGAAGAGGCUCUGAAAACACUUUCCUUGCCUUCAGCAAAGUUGAACUGCUCCCUGGAGGAAUACGUCAAUGUUAUAAUGGCGAUACUGGACAUUCCGGUCUACAAAAAUAAGCUCCAUUCGCUUCACGUCCUCUUCACGCUCUACUACGAGUUCAAAAACAGUCAGCACUUCCGAGCCCUAGCGAUGGACAAUCGCAUCGACAACGCUGUGAAAGCCCUGUCGAUGGACCCAACGGAUCGUCUGGUGCUUUGA